AUGAAAAGUGACCUCGAAGCUGCCCGAGAACGGAUUCGGCGAUCCGACGAACGAUACAAAAAGAUGGAGGCCGAGUAUCAAGCUACCAUAGCGGCAAUGCAAAAACGCAUUGAGGAGCUAGAAGGGGCGACUUUUCAAGACGGAGACGUUGAGGACGAAUUGUGCGAAACCGAAGAGGAGGAGCCAAAGCCAAAGGAGCCAAAAAAAGACAAGUGCUCAACUAAUAUUCUAGGAACGGUCCAAGGAUCCAAUUUACAAGGAAUUCAUGACAGGUAUUUAGGCGUUCUCGAAACAAUGAAAGAGAACCAGUGCUCCCUUACAGAGGCCAUGCGACCUUCUGGUGUCCCACGGAACACCCUCAGGGACUUUAUAGGCAUCUGCGAACUCAGAAUCAUCGACAAAGAAAAGUACGAGAGAGUGGUCCAAUUGGUUAAGGAAAAGACGGGUAAGGUGUCGAUGAAAUUAAUUGAAUCGAAAUGUAGGGAAGCGCUCAGUGAUUAUCGCGCCCAAUCAAGUAGGUUAAAAACCGAGCAAAAGCUUCUCCCGUUUUACCCAAAGGAUGAUUUUUAUAUGGGAAAAUAA